AGUUAGGAACGCGGUGCUCAACGCGCAGUGCAGACGGCCACUUUAACACGUCCAAUCACUAAAGGAUUAUCAACACUUCUGCUGUCAUUUCACACCAUUCAAAUACUGGCGUCUUGAUCUGUGACCGAAAUUCAGGCGCCUGGAAGAUAUCGAUUUUCAAUGUCAAAGUAAAGGAGCAUCGCUGAUUCUGAAGAUGGAGAAAUGAACCACCGGUGAGGCUUCAAGCAGUGGGGUCAGCUGUAGAUGAGUUUCCUGCACCAUGCCGCCGGGGGUCUACGGCAUGCAGGAUGUGUGGGAGAGGGAGGGUCGGCAACAGGUCAACAUGGAGUUCCUCCUCCCCACGGGGAUCUACCUCAACUUUCCCGUAGCAUGCAAUGACACCAUCAGUACCAUCAAGAAGAUGGUAUGGAAGAACGCCAGGAACGAGCCUCUGUUCAGUGCCCUGAGUGACCCGGAUGCCUACGUCUUCACCUGCAUCAACAGGACCGCAGAGCGGGAGGAGCUGGAAGACGAGCAGCGACGCUUAUGUGACGUUCAGCCGUUCAUGCCAAUUCUCAGGCUGGUGGCCCGGGAGGGAGACCGAGUGGAGAAGCUCAUCACCACCCAGAUCAGUCUGCUUAUAGGAAAAGGUCACCAUGAAUUUGACUCCCAAAAGAACCAUGAGGUGAACGAAUUCCGAACAAAAAUGCGGACGUUUUGUGAAGAGCGUGCUCAGGAGCGUCAGAUGUUGCCGUGGGACCAAUGGAUGAAGUACAACUUCCCAUGUGACUUGGAGCCGUGCUCUGUAGUGGCACAAUCUAAGAAGUCGCGCAUCGUCAAAAAGAUUUUUGUCAAUGUGAAGUUUGAAGGCAGCGAGGAGACCUUCGUUCUCCAGCAAGAUCCACAGGACCUGCCGAUGGUUCUGAAACGGAACGCCUUGAGAAAGAAGUCCACCGUGUUCCGAUCAACGAAGCAGGAGAGGGCAGAAGACUACACCCUUCAGGUUAACGGGAGAUGGGAGUUCAUUUAUGGAGAAUAUCCACUCUGCCAGUUUAAAUAUAUUUUUACAUGUUUGCAUGGAGGCAUUACCCCACAUCUGACCAUGGUGCAUCAUUCAGUCAUCAUCAAGUACCAGGAGGAACAGGGUGGCCUCAGUAACCAGGUGUCCAGGAGUCGAGCUCAGUCUAAACCGCCCCCACUGCCUCUGAAAAGGCAAAACACAUCUUCGCUGUGGUCUAUCCAUGAGCCUUUCUAUAUCUACCUUCUACAGGGUAGCCGAGUGAAUGCGGAUGAAGGCAUGAAGCUGGUGGUUCAGGCCGGCCUCUUCCACGGCAGUGAGCUCCUGUGCAAAGUGGUGACCAGUAACGAGGUCAGCGUUUCCUCUGAACCCGUAUGGGACCAAAAACUAGUGUUUGAGAUCAGCGUGAGUGACCUGCCUCGCAUGAGCCGCCUCUGCUUUGCCCUCUAUGGCGUCAUCGAGAAGACCAAGAAGCGCCCUACCAAGAAGAAAAACAAAAGAGCGGACUGCCCUUUGGCCUGGGUUAACACGAUGGUGUUUGACUACAAGGACCAGCUGAAAACUGGAGAAUUUUCCCUGUCCACAUGGCCAUCAGUACCAGAUGAUAAAGGAGAUCUGUUGAAUCCAAUGGGAACUGUGGAGAAAAAUCCAAACAUCGACAGCACGGCAGGUCUCAUGAUUCGGUUUCCCAACAUCAGGCCACACCCCCUGUAUUAUCCUCCAAUUGAAAAGCUAAAUGAGCUGGGUAUGAAUGGUGAAAAAACUGUUGCUACAAAAGAAGAGAACGGGAAACUGAGAGAGAUUGUGGACAAUAAAAACUACACAGAGUUCUUUGAGGAUGAGAAGGAGCUUCUGUGGAAGUUACGUGAAGAGGUGAGGCUACGAUACCCGGAGAGCCUCCCCAAACUCCUCCUCAUCACCAAGUGGAACAAACACGAGGACGUGGCUCAGAUGGUUGGUUUGUUACGGAAAUGGCCAGAAUUGCCUGCUCUACAUGCUUUAGAACUUCUGGACUACAGUUUCCCUGACCCUCAUGUCCGCUCCUUCACCAUCCGCUGCCUCAGGAAGCUGCGUGAUGAUGAGCUCUUCCAGUACCUUUUGCAACUGGUCCAGGUUCUGAAGUAUGAAUCCUAUCUGGAUUGUGACUUGACCUGCUUCUUGCUUGAGAGAGCCCUGGCCAACAAGAAAAUAGGUCACUUCUUGUUUUGGCACCUCAGGUCAGAAAUGCAUGUUUCCUCAGUCAGUUUGAGAUUUGGACUUAUUCUGGAGGCGUACUGUCGUGGGAGCAUCUUUCACAUCAAGAGCUUAAUGAAGCAGAAUGAGGCUCUGAAUAAAAUGAAAGCUCUCAAUGACUUUGUGAAGUCAGGCAGUCAGAAAACAACCAGGAUACAGACAAUAGAGGACAUGAAAGUGUGCAUCAAACAGGACACUUACUUGGAAGCACUUUCGGAUGUUGUUUCCCCUCUCAACCCAAGCAUCGUGCUGUGUGAAAUAUGUGCGGACAUGUGUAAGUUCAUGGACUCAAAAAUGAAACCCCUGUGGCUCAUGUACAAGAACAAAUUUGAUACUGUGGGCAUUAUCUUCAAGAAUGGAGACGAUCUGAGGCAGGAUAUGCUAACCCUUCAGAUGAUUCAGUUAAUGGAUGUUUUAUGGAAAUUGGAAGGUCUUGACCUGAGAAUGCUUCCUUACGGAUGCCUGUCAACCGGGGAUAAAACGGGUCUCAUCGAGGUGGUGAAAAACUCAGACACUAUCGCCAACAUCCAGAGAAACAACAGCAACAGCGCAGCCACUGCUGCCUUCAACAAAGACGCUCUUCUCAACUGGCUCAAAUCCAAAAACCCAGGGGAUAAACUGGAUCAGGCCAUUGAGGAUUUCACCCUCUCCUGCGCAGGCUACUGUGUAGCUACAUAUGUUCUGGGAAUAGGGGACCGUCACAGUGACAAUAUAAUGAUCAGGGAAACGGGUCAGUUAUUCCAUAUAGAUUUCGGGCACUUUCUGGGGAACUUCAAGAGCAAAUUCGGGAUCAACAGAGAGCGUGUGCCUUUCAUUCUGACAUACGACUUUGUCCAUGUAAUUCAGGAGGGACGGACCAGCAACAAUGAGAAAUUUGAACGGUUUCGUAAGUGCUGUGAACAAGCCUAUAAAAUCCUUUGCCGGAAUGGGACUCUUUUUGUGAAUCUUUUUGCCUUGAUGAAAGCUGCAGGACUCCCUGAGCUCAGUUCUUCCAAAGAUAUCCAAUAUCUCAAGGACUCUUUGGCACUGGGGAAAUCUGAGGAGGAAGCACUGAAGAACUUUAAAGUGAAAUUUAAUGAAGCUCUAAGAGAGAGCUGGAAGACCAAGGUGAACUGGAUGAUGCACACUUUUGCCAAAGAUAACAGAUAAAUGGCACUCGAUCACAGGAGACCCACUGAACCCCUUAUGAUGCUGAGUUUUGAUUUAAACCAAUGCAGCUUUGAACACGAUAUAUGUUGCACUGCUGUCUGGCAUUUAUGGCAUUAUACUUCCAUGCAAAGGCAAAAUGCAGUCAAAACGGUUUCUGCGUUUUGCCUUUGCAGGGCAGUAUGUACAUCAACAGCUGUUUAGCGAAUGUUUACAUCUGUGACGUAAUAGUAAAUAAUGCUAUACAUUUGUUUUAGUGAGACCUACUGCUUGAAAUGAGAGUCAUUUCAGAAACAUGUUGUAUUUGCAACACACUGCACUGGGAAUCGAAGCUACUAACUUAACAAACUAUUGGCGUGCCACUAAUUUAACUAGCAUCUCUGGUUUGUUUUUGUCACACUUAUGUACCUGCACGGAAAAAGCGAAGAGCAAGUUUGAUUAACGUAUUUAUAAUUUCUAACUGUAUGGCAUACAUGCCUUUGUUCUGUGGAAGAAAGCACUUUGGGUGUUUUCAUAUGGUUUACAUUUUUGUUUCAGGAUUUUUGUUUCUCUGUUUACAUGAAUGUGUUUGGUUGUACAUAUUCUUUAGUGUAUCAUACUUAUAUUUACAUUCCUUAAAACAGUAUUUUUUCAUUUGAAUGAUUUGUAUAAUAAGAAAAUUGUUCAACAGGAGAGCCUUUGUAUAGUGGUGUACAUGAGAAGACAUUUUGUAUGUCUGUGUAGAAAUGAGCCUUAAAUAUUUUGUAUUUGUGAGGUAUUCUGUGCCUUUGGGAUGAGACACAAGCCAUCUUGAAGUCGUGUCCAAAGAGUUCGCUUCGUGUUUGCUGAAAUCUGUUUAAAGGGUAUGAGGUGUGUACUACUGUACUAUAAAUCAGGGUAAAAGUGGAAUAUAAUUGCUCUGUAGAACAUUGCGCUGUUAAUUGUGUGCCUAUUUUGAAGACAAGAGUCAGUCAAGCUUGUGUUUUC